AUGGCAGAGCAAACUUUCAUCAUGAUCAAGCCCGAUGGCGUUCAAAGAGGCCUCGUUGGUGAGAUUAUUAGCAGGUUUGAGAAGAAGGGUUUCUACCUGAAAGGUUUGAAAUUUGUGAAUGUGGAGCGUGCUUUUGCCGAGAAGCACUAUGCAGAUUUGUCUGCAAAGCCUUUCUUCAGCGGAUUGGUGGAUUACAUUAUCUCUGGCCCUGUUGUUGCCAUGAUCUGGGAGGGUAAGAACGUUGUGACAACCGGAAGGAAGAUAAUUGGUGCCACAAACCCUGCUCAAUCUGAGCCUGGAACUAUCCGUGGUGACUUUGCUAUUGACAUUGGCAGGAAUGUUAUUCAUGGAAGUGAUGCUGUUGAAAGUGCUAACAAGGAAAUUGCUCUGUGGUUUCCUGAGGGUGCUGCUAACUGGCAAAGCAGCCUUCACUCUUGGAUCUAUGAGUAA